CCGCCGCCAUCUUGGCCGGUCCCCAACACUUCCUCUUCCGGUUUGCCCCCCGCUGACUUCCGCUUCCGGCGCUGUGGCGGAGCUCGGCAACCAUGAUCGAAGUCGUCUGCAACGACCGCUUGGGCAAGAAAGUGCGGGUGAAAUGCAACACCGAGGACUCCAUCCGCGACCUGAAGAAGCUGAUCGCGGCGCAGACCGGCACCCGCUGGGAUAAGAUCGUGCUCAAGAAGUGGUACACCAUCUUCAAGGAUCACGUCACGCUGGGCGACUAUGAGAUCCAUGAUGGCAUGAACCUGGAGCUCUACUACCAGUAGCGGCUGCCGUUCCCUCCCCGUUCCCUGCUGAUGCUCUCCUCUCUAUGGGACCCGCCCCCCAUCCCAAACCCCGUUCUCCCUCCCCAGGCUGUGUUGAGGCCCU